AUGAAUAUAUUCAGCAAUAAAACUAAAAGAACUGCGGUAUCCGCAUGGAUCGAACGUAUGACUUCGAGUCGUUAUGAGGAAGAUGAUCUAUCUGAUAUGUUUCAAUUGUGCGAAGCUAUCAGAUUGCAAGAGACCGGGCCUAAAGAAGCUAGUAAAUCUUUGAGAAAUGUUUUUAAAUAUGGUGAUACUCAUUCUCAGCUUCGUGGUCUCACUAUUUUAAAAGCAUUGGUUGAUAAUAUUGGUGAAAGUUUUCAAGCUCAUAUUUCCACCCCAAAGUUUGUUGAACUGCUGAAAUCUAUGGCAAAUUCUUCGGCUACCGAUCCGAGAGUCCACAAAAGUUUAAUGUUACUGCUCUCUCAAUGGUCCAAUAAUUUCAAAAAUCAACCCAAUAUGUACGCUGUAUCUCAUUUAUAUGAUAAUGUAAAUCAUAAAGCUGGUUAUUCUAGGAGAAAUUCUGGCACGAGACCUGUCCCUCAGAUUCCAUCUUCCACAAGUUCUAAAGAUGAACGAAAAAGUUUGGAUAAAUCUAAUAAUAAAAGAGCACAAUCUCCUCCUACUUAUUCAUACGAAAAAAUUAAUCAAGAAAUUGGGAUGGCUGCUCAAAAUGCUACAAAUCUUGAAAAUGCUCUUAUAUUACUAACCCAAAACACAAAUAUUGAAAAAGAUCCUGAAAUUCAGAAAUUGGUUCGUAAAUGCAAAGAUUCAUCCGAACAAUUAGUCAAAAUCAUACCAACUAUAAUGGAUGAUGAUAAAAUUGGUCCUUUAUUACAAUCAAAUGAUCAAGUGCAAGCUGCUUUAUCAAAAUAUUCGGAAUACUUUUAUGACAAUAGCUUGCUCGAUGAUCCAUUUGCAGAUCCCUUUUCUGACCCUAUAAUGGAAACAGAAAUUAGUAACAAUAAAUCGAAGAAAAAACUCGAAUGGUGA